GGUUCUAGUAAUUCUAGCUGUGACAGAGAAAGCUCAGCUUCAAUUAUACUUAUCUACCUACCUAUUUUUACGGAUUAUAUCUGGAUCUAAAAAGCCAGCCAUCAAGGUCCACGUUUCCAUCUCCAAUCCCAAACCAUUGAGUAAUUAAUUAGUACUAUACAUUUAAGAUAUUUAACAUGUCGGCCGCUUGUAUCUUCUGCAAGAUCAUCAAAGGCAAGCUAAAGCGUCCAACCAAGUCCCGAGAUACCCGUAUUGUCACUUCAUCACCCAGGACAAACAAAGUAAUAGCUUUAUAUGAAAUGCAACCGCCAAACUAACAGUAUAUAUAAAAUAAUAAUAGGAGAAAUCCCCUGCUUCAAGCUCUUCGAGAGUGACAAGACCCUCGCCUUCCUCGACAUCAACCCCUUGAGCAAGGGCCAUGCUCUCGUCAUCCCCAAGUUCCACGGCGCAAAGCUAACCGACAUCCCCGACGACCAACUGGGCGAGAUCCUGCCCGUGGCCAAGAAGCUGGUGACUGCCACCGGCGCCUCUAACUACAACAUCCUCCAGAACAAUGGCCGCAUUGCGCAUCAGGAGGUCGAUCACGUCCACUUCCACAUGAUUCCCAAACCAAACCAAGACCAAGGACUUGGCGUGGGCUGGCCUCAGCAGAAGACCGACAUGGAAGCUCUCAAAGCCCUGGGCGAGGAGCUCAAGUCUAAGAUGUGAUGGGGCCUCCGCUGAGGGCCGAAAGCUUGCAGUCGGAGAUCACUCUGUUAUAGGUCCUUACCUACACGACACAGAAAGGGGAACGUGACGUGAUAAGCAUGAAUAAAUACCUAAAUCAAAUAAAAAAGAACUUCCAGAAU